AUGGCUCAUCGGCGCCUCGUCCGACGCCUGAUUGGCUGUUUGUAUCAACCUUCGUCACGCAGCCACAGCCACCCUCGCGCUCAGCCACGCUACGUCACUUAUCACUUAGAAGCUCUUGGCAAUACCACCACCACCAGGUUUUGGACGAGGGAGAGGCAGCUCACUGUGCCACGACAACCAAGGACGCAAGCGAGCUUGUCAUUCUGUCAGUUUCUCCCCUUUGGCUCCCUCGUCACACGCUACGCAGGACAGGAAGAAGGUAUAUAUGCCGCCCGUUCCUUCUUGGCUCCUCCAUCGACCGACACUCCCCAAGCCAAGUCUGAACUUCCGUACUUCACCACAACAAGCUUUCCUGCAAACCAGCCCUCUACCAGCAAAUCCAAAAAGCGUACGUUCAUUACCUGCGAACGCUUGAGCCCCCAGAAGCUCGGACUGACAUACUUCUACCAGAAAACCCACCAACACACCUUCAACAUGCCUUUCUUCUACUCCAAGCCCAUCGGCGGCAAGAACUUCGGCACGAGCGUCCACGCAGACCGCCACGGCAUCCGCCGCGGACCCUGGCGCUUCCGCAUCGGCCGCUUCAACUGCUUCAGAUAG